CGUCAACCUGUGCCUUUUCCCACCCCUUUUCCCACAUCUGAUUCCUCAAGCAGAACAAAAGGCUUCUCUCGCAUCGCUUGGCGACGACCCAUCUCUCUUCCACACCAGAAAGAGAUCUGCCGUUGAGCAACGAUGAGCAGCUCAUCCUCCCAGCAAUGGGGUGUCCCCCCGCCGCAGCAUCCCGGCUACCCGAAGCCCCUCCCGCAGCCUGGACCGUCGUCGUCCGGCGCCAGGCCUGUCAGUGAGUACGCUCCGGCACCACCACAAGCAAAGUCCUUUCGUGCUCCCCAGCAGCAGACGGUCAACCAGCAGAACCUGCCAUACCACAGCCCGGUCCAGAGCGCCAGCAUUCCGUACCAGGGCCCAUCGAGCUCGUCUUACGCACACCCUCAGCAGGUGAACCCCAGGAUACCGCCUCCUCAGGCCCCGUACCAGAACCAGUGGGACGACUCGGCCAGUGAGAGUGACGGAACUGUUGUCGAAGACACUCCAGAGGCCAGGGCCGGACCCGCUUUCCGUGGUGGCCGUCAGCAGGACGCCGAUGGCAAGUCUUUGCGCGAUGGCAGCUCAGCCAACCCCAACGUCCCUGGCAUGUCGUACGCUCUUCUGGAUGAGAACGGCGAACGUACCAACAAGGGAAACACCAAGUUUGUUAUGGCCUUCCUUGCCGAAGCAUGGAUCAUGCACGUUGUCAUCAUCCUUGGAGCUACAUACGCCUUCACUUUCCACAUUUGGGAUUACACGUACACUGAUGCUGAGCUGUGGAACUUCACUUGCUAUUGGAAGCUUGGUUGGUUGCUUCCCAUCCCCUACACUCUCAUCUGCUUCUUCGGUCUCGCCCUGCCUUUCCGAACCCCGAAGUUCAUCUACGACAGCGACAUGCCCAAGCGCCGAGUGGACAACUUGUACAUUCUUACGGUGACGAAGGGAGACAAUCGUGAAGCUGUUUACCGAUCAUGGAACGCUCACAAGCACCUUGAGCGUUUGCACCCCUGUGUGCGUGUCCACGUUUUGACCGAUGAGCCGUACUUCUUCGAGAACAUCAACUGCUACACCUGCCCCAAGAACUUCAGGACCGCCAACUCCAAGUACAAGGCUCGCGCUCUCGAGUGGUACCGUCAAACAAUGAGGUACACUGAGCACGAUUGGGUCCUGCAUUUGGACGAAGAGUCCGUCAUCGAUGACGAAUCCGUCAAGCGUGUGCUGGAGUUCAUCUGGUACGAACGCGAAUGCACUUGGGGACAAGGUGUCAUCAUGUACAACCAAUACCGCUACUGGUCGAACUGGAUCUUCACCGUCGCCGAUGCCAUCCGUGUCGGAGAUGACCUGUCUCGUUUCCAUCUUCAAUACACCUACUUCCGUCGUCCCGUCUUCGGUGCCCACGGUUCCUUCCUGCUCAGCAACGGUCAAGUCGAAAACUCCAUUACCUGGGAUUUGGGAUCCCUCACGGAAGAUUUCCAGUUUGCCGUCCACGCCUGGGAAAUGGGCUACAAGUGCGGUAAAGUGCCGGGAAUCAUUCGUGAACAGUCCCCUCUGGACUUGAUCGGUUUCCUCAAGCAACGUCGUCGUUGGUAUGUCGGUAUUCGCCGUCUUCCUGCCUUCCUUCCCAAGCUUUGGGCUACCUUCUGGACCCUCGGUAUCGUCUGUCUCGCCACCACCAUCGCUUCCAUUCCUCUCGGUAUCGUCUACAAGGGUCUUCUGACCCCUCGGUGGUUCGGUCUCAUCAAGGAUUUCUCUUUCUGUGUCUUCGUGUACUUGUACCUCAUCGGUAUCCUCGUACAGGACAUGGACAAGAGGGUAAAUCCCUUGAUCAUGUUGGCCAGGAUCCCACUGACGUUCCUGCUGCAAUUCAUCGCGGGUAUCAUGGAAGCUCUAGCCGUCAUCUACGGCAUCAUCUUGCCCCCUGCCGACUUCGAUGUCAUCAAAAAGUAGAGGACUAAUGAGAUUUUGGUGCCUGGGACGCUUACUCUGGACAUUCAGCGUGCUCAUUUGAUGGCGACGGCGUAGCCGGAGGCCUUUUGGCGUAGCCGAUUGGCCCUCUAUUCCCCCAUCUGUGUAAUUUUCUGUUCCCCCCUUUGUUUCUAGACUUUCCUUUUCGUGGACAUUUAUUGGUUUCGUCAUGUAUCUGAAAUAGACUUUCUAAAAUCGUAAUCUCAAAAACCUUGCAUAAUUUCAUUACGUA